CUACAAGAACACAUCCUGGAAUGCAGCCUUUACAGUGACGAGAUGGGAGUAAUAUUGGUUGUAGCAGCUUGUGGUACAUAUGGUCCUUGCGAUCACCCUUGUCAUCAGCUUCUGUGGAAAUCGUAUGAUUGUGGCAGUUAAAUGGACCUCAUUCACAGCCAACUCUUCUUUGGCUUUGAGAAUCAUCCAUCACCCAACUAAAUUCUCUAUUGCUUUGUGUGUGUAGUGUCUGUCAUAGCAUGGGUAUGAAUAGUCAACAUGAGCUCAUAUCGUCAAUUUUAGCACGGGUUACGUUGACUGUGUUUUUUUGUAUAUUGUCGGAUGCGGAUUCAAUUGCAUACAAUCCAAAGUCCAAUAAUUUAUCGGGUACGUGAGACCUCCACGGUUGCGGGUCGUUAAAACGAUGUCGGACACAGAUGAUGAGAAGAGCACCCACGAACACCCGAUCCAUCUCGAUCGCGAACGGACGACGCGGAGGAGGAGAUCGAAGCAUAGAAGAAAGAGGGUUUGCCGAUGGGGUUCUUGAUGACCACCAUCAUCUUCGUCGUGGUGGGCGUCGUCGCUUCCGUCUUGGCCCGUCUCUGCUGCAACCGCGGUCCCUCCACCAAUCUGUUUCAUUUGACAUUGAUAAUCACGGCGACAGUCUGCUGUUGGAUGAUGUGGGCAAUCGUCUAUCUUGCACAGCUGAAACCUCUGAUUGUCCCAAUUCUCAGCGAAGGAGAGUGAGAUGCAUGGCAAAGAAUAACUUGGAUCAUGUGUAAUGAUCUAACAAAGAAUAUUCCAUGUUGCUUGCAGUACAACUUAACAGUUUGUUGUAAGGGUCCAUCUUUCUAAUCUCUGAACUAGGAUCAAAAACUGAUACGUAUCCUUAUGGUUCUUGAUGUUGUGCUUCAUUUAGUUGAUUCAUGUGAUCUUUACCUGAGGGCAUUGGUCCCAAGUAGUUAAUUGGUCAAUUUGUUGUUUCUCAACCACAUUGGUGUACGAUAAUAAGGAGAACAAGUGUAAAUUUAUCAUACAUUCAUUUGCUUAAUAAUAUUUUUGUCAUUCUACCUUUGCAUUCUA